UCUAGGCCUUCCUUUUGUGCUUCAAGGAGUUUUGCUGUCUCAACAUACAACCCAUUCUAGGUUGGAUAUAACAGGCAGUACGCGGUCUAUCUUCCAAUGGUAGUAGUUAUAUUGUGUCAUGGCUUCGGUUUAUCAUGUUAAAGAUGCGUAGAAGCUGUGGAGGAUUAAACGAUAUUCUGGUAUAAAACGUGUUGUAGACAAACUUGGAAUCUAUUCGAUGGGUACCAGAAAUAAUUCUAUUUUUAUCACCAUCAUCGGUUUGAUGAUCUUCUUGACUGCUAUUUUCCUUCACUCCACUUCUCAUGACGUAACAGUUUGGCUUGAACUGUAUCGAGGUUCACCAGGAGGUGGACAGGAUCAGGUGACCAGACAAGCUGCAAAUGUUCAGCACAUUCAAGAGCAGAGAAAAGAGCAAUUGAAGAAGGGUUGCGCUGCCUUGGGAUACAGCCAACGCUUCGUCAACAAGAACCUUGAUCGUGCUACUCUGAGGAAGUUCUCUCGAGUCCACGUGAUACCCGAGCUCAAAGUCAUCUACUGCCCAAUCCCCAAAGUGGCGUCGACAUCCUGGCGACGACUUCUCCUGACUGCUGUCAACGAAGAUUCAUCUUCACCUCAUGAAAAAAGCAAACGAGUGUUUCCAAACCUGGCGUCCUUCCCUCCGAUGGAUGCAAGGAGGAUCUUACGGACAUACACAUCGUUUAUUUUCGUUCGAAAUCCAUAUGCCAGGAUCCUGUCAGCGUACAAGGAUAAAAUUCUCACCGGAGGGAAAUCAAAAAUGAGGUUCCGAUGGGAGGUCUUGAAGUGGUACAAACUUCACGACCCAAAAGAAUUGGAACGCAUGAAUUCUUCGAGGCGCUUCACGUUCAAGCAAUUUGUUAACUACUACACAAAGUCAACAGUUAAAAAUGCCCACUGGGAGGACAUGCUUGAGCUAUGUCAUCCUUGCAUGAUCAACUACGAUUUCAUUGGCCACCUGGAGACGCUCAAAGAGGACUCGGAUUAUCUGGUGAACCUGCUGAACAUAGGGGUGUCCUUUCCAGAGGAGCACAGACAGCAUCAGACUAACAGCUCUAAAGGAGACACCCUUCAGACUUUCUAUUCACAAUUGGCUGGUGGGGAGUACAAAGAUCUUUCAUUCAGCCAGGGCCUUGCUAGAGAUGCUCUUCUUUUUGGUUAUGACACUCCUGACAGUAUCAAACGCAGCUAACCAAUUCAACAACAACGAGACAUGGCUCUAGAGCAUUUAAUUAGCCUACUUUGACAUAUAUUGCAGUUCUUGCAUCUGAUCAUGCUGAUUGGCAAAGUGCAACAGAACUCUUUAUGACAAACAUGACCAUGAUAAUAUCCUGUCUUUCAUUUCGAUCGCAUUAAAAUAUCUUCCUAUGAUGAAUAUUUACUAGAUCUGGGGCUUGUUGCAGAAAAUCAAUCAAUCGCAACUCCCAAAUGCGCGCUGUUGAAUGGUUGAAAAUCCAAAUGCGCACGAUUUUUAGAGUUGCGAUUGCUUGCAACUCUUUAUGCAGCGGGCCCCAGGGUCAUCUGCGUAGUUCAAAUUAACCCAGUUGCUCUUAUCUAUGGAAAGCCAACAGCAUCAUCAUCUAGGAUAUUCACAUUGUUCGUUAAUAAUUAUGAGGAAGGGUAUACAUGCAUAAUCAUAUUUGCCAAUUAAAACUUUUCGUUUGCAAAGGGACAGUGAAUACACAAAAUUAUGACUUCGAAGGCUUUCUGAAGUUUAGUUUAAAUCCAUGGAAUCAGACCAAUGGCAACUCUUUAUGAAGCAGGGUUCUGGUUUUGACACUGGAUACUUCCAGGGCCCUGCCUGACAUAGAGUUGCGAUAGAUUCAAAUCAAGCUCAAAUUACGUUUGCUAGGAACGACAACUCCUUUCUCUUAAUAUCGGACCAAUGGCAACUCUUUGUGAAGCAGGGUUCCGGUUUUGACACUGGAUACUUCCAGGGCCCUGCCUGACAUAGAGUUGCGAUAGAUUCAAAUCAAGCUCAAAUUACGUUUGCUAGGAACGGCAACUCCUUUCUCUUAAUAUCGGACCAAUGGCAACUCUUUGUGAAGCAGGGUUCCGGUUUUGACACUGGAUACUUCCAGGGCCCUGCCUGACAUAGAGUUGCGAUGGAUUCAAAUCAAGCUCAAAUUACGUUUGCUAGGAACAGCAACUCCUUUCUCUUAAUAGUGUCUCUUCAUUUUGAUCUAUCGCAAUUUGAACUUGAUUUGAAUCUACCGUAACGCUUUGUAAGACAGGGCCCAAAUUUGCAAGAGUAGAAAAGACAUAAAAAGUAGUCCACAUCCAUUACAUCAGUCUGUUUCUCCCUAUAGCAUAGACACACAUCACUUGUAUCUCGGCUGUUCAAUGUUCAACAUGACAUUUGCUUCGGAGACAAUUAUUGCUACGAUGGAAAAUCUGUUCGUUAAGCUAGACAUAAAACCUAACCCC